AUGGAUUUGCAUGGUCCUGUGCCGGUCAGGACUCCAGAAGGCUACCGGUACUGGCACCUGAUUGUAGACGACUGCACGCGCAUCUACGGCCUCUUCCUGCUUCGUAGCAAGGCCGAGGCCAGCUUUGCAACGCUUCGUCCAAUGGGCGGAGAACAAGCUCGGGACGCGUGUUAA